UGUGUCGUGUCGUUUUGCUUUGAUUUUUACUUAUAUAUGCGUACUUUAAUUUAUUUUUGAUGAAAGAGGGUAUUUGCGGUCCCACAGCUGUCGAUCGUUCUGUGAUAUUUUAAAGGGACGGAUCUGCUUUUUGCAAAAGGAACAAGUUGAACGGUAUUUUGCUGUAACGGGGGAAAGGUUAUAGGUGAGCGUAUAACGGAUAGUAAACAUGACGGAUGUUGAAAUUAACGUUACGGGAGAGAUGGAGAAUCCUUAUGAAAAAAACGUUGCAGAUAAUAAUGGAUUUGAGCUGCCCAGAAUUCAAAUACCCCUUGGCCAGUUUGGACAUCCAAAGGCUCAGGAGUGGAUCCAGCACAGAAGAGCUACCCUCAGGCCGUGGUCCGUAUUUCUGGCUACCAAUAACUUUAGACCACCGCCAAAUAUCUCAAGACUGAGUAAACGUGUUGUGAAGAAUAUUGAGUACUUCCAAAGCAACUACUUUUUCGUCUUUGUUGGAUUGGUUCUCUAUUGCCUUCUCACAUCGCCACUACUGCUGAUAACAGUCGUGGCAGCUCUAUUUGCCUGUUACAAGGCAUCUCAAAUUUAUUCCAAACAUGCAAUAAUAAUUGCAAGCUACAGAUUGACACUUGCUCAAGUGUACGGAUUUAUUGGUAUUUGUUCGCUUCCAUUAUUUUACCUGGUUGGAGCUGGAGCUGUACUUUUUUGGGUUCUAGGAGUUUCGUGCUUUUUAAUAGCUCUGCAUGUAUCGUUUUACAAUAUUGAUUCAUUGUUGUGUCCUGGAGAGGAUGAGCUGCAUUUAGUCAUGCACCAAGUAUAGCAUAAGGACAUCUCCGUUGCUGUUCUUCCAAGCUCAAUCAACGUUCAAUGAUGCUUUUAAAACCACUAAAAAGACUAACAGAUCAGUGAGAUGAAGACCAAUUAAACUGCAAAAGACUUUUCAUAAAAAAUUGAAAGAUAUGUAAAAAUACUUCCAAAAUCAAAAUUCAUACUUCUA